AUGGCCAAAGUUCUAGGGCGCGCGCCGCUGGUCGCGGUAGUCGGUGCUACGGGCACAGGAAAGUCUGAGUUGGCCGUGAAUAUUGCUUGUAAAUUCAAUGGUGAAAUCAUCAAUGGCGAUGCCAUGCAACUCUAUGAGGGCUUGCCAGUCAUCACGAAUAAAAUGCCUGAAGACGAACGUGGUGGAAUUCCUCACCAUCUCCUUGGCUGUAUAGGCUUGAACGAAGAGACCUGGACUGUGGGCAACUUCGUCUCGAACGCGCUUGCCAGAAUUAACGAGAUUCGAGCACGAGGCCGAUUGCCCAUUCUGGUCGGGGGUACACACUACUACACACAGUCUUUACUUUUCCACGACGCGCUCGCAAAUAAAUCUCAAGACGAGGAACCGGUUUCAUAUGCAGAGAGGCCAGCCAUUCUUGAGGAACCUACGGAAGUCCUCCUUGCAAAGCUUAGAGAAGUCGAUCCAGUAAUGGCUGACAGAUGGCAUCCCAACGACCGCCGCAAAAUACAAAGGAGUCUCGAGAUUUGGCUGCAGACUGGUCGUAAAGCCUCGGACAUCUAUGAAGAACAAAGGACACGCCGCGAAGCUGCUGACCACGAGGCGCAAUCGGAGGAUGCACAAGACGAAUCUCUUCUUCGUAUGAGGACGCUUAUACUUUGGGUCGGUGCCCAAUCAGAUAUCCUUUCGAAGCGUCUUGAUGCCCGUGUUGACAAGAUGGUUACACAAGGUCUCCUGGAUGAGGUGUCUACUCUGUCAGACUUUUACGAUAACAGGAUUGCUGGUGGUGAGUCAAUCGACACGACUAGAGGCAUAUGGGUCGCCAUCGGCUACAAAGAAUUUUUGGACUACCAAGCUGCUUUACGAAAAGGCGACACAAGCCCAACACAACUAAACAAGCUACUUGCACAAGCGAUCGAGAAGACCAAAGCUGGUACACGGCAGUACGCAAAGCGUCAAGUUCGAUGGAUUCGCAUCAAGCUCAACAAUGCCAUCGAUACAGCUGGAGCCAAAAACUCGUUCUUUAUGCUCGAUGGUUCUGAUCUACCAAAAUGGGAGCAAGAUGUAUCGGAAACCGGGCUCAAGUUGGUCGACAGUUUCCUCAAGGAACAAACGCUCCCAGACCCCUCGAGUCUGUCGCCGCUCGCAGCCGAGAUGCUGACAGCCUCGAAACCCGAUACCAGCGCUCGCUCGGAUCUCUGGAGUCGCAAGCACUGCGAGGUCUGCCACACGACAUCAGUUACUGAGAGCGACUGGACCGUCCAUGUCAACAGCAAGAGACACAAGAAGGCCAUGUCAAGUCAUAGGAAGCGUGCUUUGAAUGGCACUGCACAAGCCGUGGUACCUCAGAAGCAAGAUGGCACCAACGAGCAACCAAAAGAUGACUGA